GUACAUCACGACAAAAUUAGUCUAAGAUUUGCCUCUGAUUUCUCUUUUGUUCUUUCCCCUCAAUUCUAUCUCUCCAUUCUUUACUACUUGCUCCUCUGCAUAUAAAGAACACACUCAAUAUCUCUCCCACCCCCCCCUUUUUCUUCUUGAUACAAUCUUGAAUAUAAAGAAAACUCCCAUUUGGGUUUUUUGAUUCGAUUUGCGAGAAUGGAACAAGUUUUUGGUUCUGGAUGCAGUAGUGGGUGUGAGUCUGGUUGGACUUUGUAUUUGGAACACUCGAUGUAUCCUUCACAUUCUCUUCAAAACCCCAACAAUGGCGAUGGCUUCAUCUGUAAAAAAGGUUCAUUCACACAUGAAGAUUAUGAGGUAGAAGAGGAAGAGGAAGAGGAAGAGGAAGAUAUGUCAAUGGUUUCAGAUGCAUCUUCUGGGCCACCACAUUUUCAAGAACAAGAAGAGGAAUGCUUCAACACCAACAACAAUGGCGGUGGUGGUGGUGGUGGCUGCUGUGUUUAUCCUCCUCUUCCUUCGUUAAUCGAUCAUCCAACAAAUGGAAAAAGGCAAAAGAUUCCAAAACAACCAAAUUUGCAUAGAAAGGUUCAAGAUUUGCCUUCUUUCCUCGAUGAUACUGCCAGCUCCCCCUUCUUCAACUUCUCAAAUAACAAUCUAACAGUGACCAGCAACAAAGCUUCAAUGGCGGAUAAUGACAUGAUAGACUACUCGCAGGGAUACUCCACCACCUACUUUGAGGGAAAAUCUACAUUUCAAGAUCACUUUGGAUUCUUCCACCCCUCUGUUUCUGGUACUCAACUGCAACAAAACCAAUGGUUUGAAGGGAAGAGGUAGGGAUGAAGCUGUUUACAAGAAAUGGCAUGGCUUAAGGAGGAAUUCAAGAUCCAAAAGAAGAGAUCUUGUUCCUUUUAUUUUUCUUUUUAUUUUUUUUGCAUUUUUUUUGCAUUUUUUAGAUGUAAAAUUGUCAAUUGCAAUGAAAACAACCUGAGGAAAAAAAAAAGGUUUCUGGGAAAUGAUCUCCCUGUUCCUCAGAAUUUAA